GGCAAAUGGCAAUAGAAUACAGCGCACGCGGCAACAGCAACACACUGUGAGAGAGAUACGAAUCGAAAAUCAUUUCUUUGAUUCAGUCAGAGUUAUACAUUUCGGUUGGAUGGGACGAGAGAUGCAGUCGAUUCAGUUGGUCUACGAAACGGAUCCGUGAAAGACAGUACGCAAUUUGCUAAACUGAUUUUUUUAUUCAUAAUAAUGUGUGUGUGUAAAUAUAUAUAUAUACUGUGGAAUUGAAAACAUUGAAAACCACAAACAAACUUUCGGGAAAUUAAAGAAAAAAAAACACAACAAACGCUGAGAUUUUUUUUCGUUUCUGUUCGACGUCUUUGUCUCUGUCUUCAUUCGGCUCUAAUAAAAAAAAUACUCAAAGAAAAUACAAAUUCAUUGAAAUUUGUUUACAUUUGAGUUCUUGUGCAAGUGAAUGGUGUUUGGUGUGUUUGCUGUUGAAUUCAAUCGAGCACAAAAGAAAUGCAAAACAAACUUGCCAAAUUUAUUUGAUGUAUGUGUCGUGUGAUCAAGGCAAACCCAAAUAAAAGAAUGAAGAAAGUCAACAAAGUGUGAAGUAUAUGUGAAAGAUGAACAAUUUUCCAAUAAUAUCAAUGCAAAGCGAAUGGAUACGCAAAAAAUCCACGGGGAAAUAACAACGAUGAUUCGAUUUGAAUGCGAAAUAUUUAGAGAAUCAUCGAUUUGAAAAAUCCUAGUGACAAAAAUACCGUCGCAACAUUGUUCAACGAAAAAAAGAAUGAAAAAAUCAAAUCAACAUCACAGGCAACAUAUCUUCAGCAUCAAUCACAACAACAUCCGAAUCAGCAACAGCAGCAACAACCAAUAACAAUAUGCACAACCAACAUGUGUAGAAAUGAAUGGGUGUUGAUGCGUGUUUGAACGGACGCGUUUGGUGACGACUAGCAAUGUGUUGAAAUCGUGUUGUCGUAAUUCUGUAGCUUGCAUAAAAAGUGUUAUUUAAGUAACGGGGUGUGCAAUUAAAGACACAUAUAUCAUUUCUACCUGCUGAAAAAAAGUACACAAUUCAAUCAUUCAAUCAUUCCAUAUUCGGUGUUUCGUACUCAGUUCUGUCGAUUGUCAGUUUUGCUGAUUGUCCAAGUGAGGCCAAAAUUUUGUGCACAUUUGGAGUGGAAGAGUGUCCCAUCGAUGAAUGUUUGAUAGAUUUUUUUUUCACCAUACCUCUCCAUCUCUCUGUGUCUUCCCAUCUCGGUGCAACCGGUAAUGUUGAACCAUUUAAUUGACGACACAACGACAAAAAGCAAUCAAAAAUCAUAUAAUAAUAAUAUAUUGUUUGGCGCGCAUUCCAUGACAUGUAAUUGUGUUAUGUUGUUGUUGCAUUAAGAGUGUUCAAAUGAGCUACUUCUUAUCAGUUAAACGGAAAAGGUGAAUGUUCAGCAGAAUUCAUAUUAAAAGUUAUAAACUCAGGAACAACAACAAACAAGUGAUCGUUUUGCUCCAGGUCAAUGCAUACCUAUUCUCGAUUGAAAUAUGUCAACAACAUUGCAGUGUGUGCACGGACAAAAUGAUUAAAUUCAUGUAAUUAUGAUUCUGGUAUUUGUUUCGUGUUCGGAUAUGAAGUUUUAUCAAUGUUGGAGAGAAACUUAGACAAUGAUUCAGGUCGAUAAAGUACAACAAUAGCCGAAAGCAAAGGAGUUGCCUAAUUCAAUGCACUAGUGGAACAUAUAAGCGAUUCAAGCGCUGACGUAUUGUACAAACGACGAACGAAAAGUGAAAUAAGACACAGAUUUGGAACGAGGAAGCGAACCGACUAUGGCUGGAAACAUUGUCAAAUGGUGGAAACACAAAAUAUUGGGCGGAUAUAAACAGUUUUCAGUUCUUCAAGAGUGUGCUACCGAUUCAGAGGAGCUGAUUUAUCCCAUCCGAGCACCGUCUUCAUGCAGUGCCCCACCCGAUCUACUAUUGACGGGUGAUCGCAACAAAGAUGCCAAAGUACAAUCACCAACACCGCGCAACGAUGCUAUUUCGCCGGAUCGAAUGUUGCUGGAGGAAUUCACGUGCGAUGUAUCGGUCGAGGGCGGAGGAAAAUCCACACAACCAUUGCAAUUUUCCUUCACAUUCUAUGAUUUAGAUGGACAUCACGGAAAAAUUACCAAAGACGACAUAGCUGGCAUAGUGUAUACGAUAUAUGAGUCGAUUGGAAAAACGGUCGUAGUUCCACAUUGCGGUAGCAAAACGAUAAAUGUGCGUCUGACUGUGUCACCGGAUGCGAAGUCAAAGUCAGGCGAUUCAGUACAUUCAGUGAAAAAGAGUUCGAGGAAACAACGAAUAAAAUCACGACGCCUCUUCAAAUGUGAUGAUGAUGAAGAAGGUAGUGGCAGCGGUUGCUUCGAUAACAAUCAGGAAACAACUAAAGCGACACAAUUCGCCGAUGAAACAUUGCCACAAACUUCAGUAUUAGGUACGCAAUCGGCACCGAUUGCGGCGAGUGAAAAACCCGACGGAACUGUUACCGAAAAACAUUCAAUAGAGCCGAACAAUCGCAUGUCAAAAGAUACAGUUGAUGGCCGAUUGGCACCAUGUUGUGGGACUGAGAAUAUGAAAAGCUAUCGACACCCCAACUCCAGCCAAACCAACGAGAAUAUUUACGAGAGUGCACCAGUCUCAAAUGAAAACGCUGCUCCACAAUCGAAAACCAAGUGCGACAAAGUCAAUAUAACACUUAAUAAUAAUAACUCCUGCUGCCAAGACUGUCGCGUUACAAAUCAACUGUACCAAAUCGAUAAUGUUCCCGUUUCAAAGCCAUGCGCACGGAAAAUUGGCCGCAAAUCGAGAUCAAGAAAACCGAAAAAUGGACAAGAUUCAAAUCCAGCCGCACGAAUUCGCUCGCUGUCAGUUGGCAAUGAGAAUAGUUUUCGCAACAGCAACGGUGAUGCAAGCAGCGGUGUAAGUGGCAAAGAUCGAAACGAUGAAUGUCUUAACAAUUUGCGACGCAAUGAUCUUAUCGAUAUUAUACGAGAAAGUAUGGAGAAAAGCAGGCUUUGUUUUCAAUCGAAUGGGAAAACAAAUGUAAGUCCCUCAAAGCAUCACAGACAUCGAUCGUACACUAUCUCAUCGAAAAUGACACCGAUUGAUCCGCAUUCCAAAGAAAUAACCACCGCUAAUGCACACAAUGCAUCGAAAACGAAUUGGUGUGGCUAUGAUUCUAUGUUGCAUGCGAAAAUAUGCUCCACAAACAAUAUCAUUUCGAAUCCCGUGCUGGCCGCGCACACUUCAAAGCUAUUGCACAACUACAACUCCAACCAUAAUAACUCAACACCAAAUUGUAAUAAUAACAAUAGCCGAAAUUCGCGAACGCGUCAUCGUCAUCAUAAUGAAUUUCCGAUUUCGGCAUCGCCUCAGGUGCAAGGGUACACAAAACUCAUGUCAACGCAAAACAGUAAACUCAACACUACCCUACUGAAUCAGCUAAAUCCGCAGCUGACACAAGAACAAAAAUUAACGCGUACCAUAAGCCAUGUUGAGAAGUGGUUGGCGGACGAUCAAACCGCUGCGGCCACAUCCAACAUUUUGACGGCAAACAAUAUGCUUGACAUCUCGAAAAAUAUCAAUUGCAAAGAGAACAAUUUGUACAAAGAUGCCGAAUUGAACAAUGUGAGUGCCGUUGGCGUGGCGGAUAAGUUUAAAGAAAAUGAAAAAUUGGCGAAAAAACUCAACGAUGUUGGUUCACCGUCAAAGAAGACGUUCAACAAGGAGAUUCUACUCACACGAAAAACACCAAAAUCAUCAUUGUCAUCAUCACACCGUAAUUCCUCGAAUUCGGAUUCACAGGGCAAGGGCUCAAAUACAGUGUCUGCUGUGGGCAACACAGUUGUACCCGAACCUAAAGAAAGCGUUGUCGAGUACGCAUCCAUUCCGAUUAUUGACCCCAGCCAAAGUGAAUGCGAAAAUUUACUACGUGCCAGUUCGGAUGAAAGUAGCCAAAUCGGAAUCGGAACUGAUAAUGCCUCGCUAACAACAAUUCAUCGAUACGUACACAUUCAUCAUCACUACUAUCAUCACUAAUCCAUUGAAUAGAUAGAUAUAGAGAAAAAUAAACAAUGAAAAGCUUCCUCCCGUCAGAUAAAUUUAUAAAAAUAAAUCGUAUAUAUACAUAUAUAUAUUUUUGGUUGCUUUUGGUUGGAUUGUUUCAUCGAAUAUAAUAAGUAUUAAUUAGAAUUUUAAUUUACGACAAUUAGGCUUGAUAAUUUUUUUAAAUUAUUUAUAAUUCCACAGAUGAUGCAUAUAUUUCGUAUUUCAAAACAAAUUUAGUAUUUAUUGUGAAUUUAGGAUAUAUUUUAAAGUUGUUUAAGCGCUCGUUAUUUGACACGUAAAACCAAGAAAACGAAACAAAGAUUUUUUUUAAAUGUGUACAUUUUAAGCAAUUGAAUGAUAUUAAGACGAGAUGGAAUUCAUAUACAUUUCUCAAACAUAUGACUAUUGAAAACGAUACAACAGGAUAUUAGAAAGAAUAAAAAUAGAUACAAUUCAGCGGAACAAUGAAAACAGGGUAUUUUGCGAUUGUAAAAACGUAAUUGUUGACACACAUACACACACACUAAGAUAUACAAACACACCGAAUUUUUCAUAGAAGAAUUGCAGACAAUGACAGCGAAUUUUUGCAUUCUAUCGAAAAUAUUCAUUCGAAAAAUUAUAUUAUUGCAUUUAAAUAAAAAUGUUUACGCUUCAGUCGCAAAUACAUGUCAAUCGAUUUUCAUGUUGAUAAUUGCAUUUAUUUUCAUGAAAUUGCGAAAAAAUUCAUGAGAUUUUUUAUAAUGUUCAAGGCAAACGAAAAAAGAAACUACGGCAUACAAAACAGCAUUGGUUCCUAUUUUUAAAUUCUGUUGUAAGUGAUGAUGGUGUUUCCAUUAAUUUUGUACGUAAUAUGGGCUCAAAUUAAUCGCAACGAAUUUCCAAUACCAUAUCGAUCUUACGAGAAAAAUAUAACGUUCCGACAUCA